CGAGCAGCCGGCUGGCCCGGCUGGAGGGACGGGGUUAAGGUUGCGGUUCCAUCUCAAAGAUCUGAGCAGUCAAGGCCAUCCAUCCUGCGUGGAAGAGGACAGGUGGAAGUGUCCGGAAGCGUGAGCAACCAGCAGCAGGCGUGGGUCCCAGGAAACGGAAGAGUCCAAGGAGAAAGGGAGGUGUGUGUAAGUAGCUGACAGGGCCGAGUGACCCGGAAAGAAGGUCGGUGGAAGUGAAACGAGUGAAGUGUGGCCGGAGAGAAGAAGGUCUGUGGAAGUGGAUAGAGGAUCGAAGGAAAGCGGUGGAAGUGGCCGGGGCCUGGGGCCGGAAGGCAGCGGAGCCGAGCUCAAGCCUGAAGGUGUUUGGAAAUUGGAAGACUUGGUGGCAAACGAAAGUCGGGACCCGGAGUCGGCCUCGGCGAGUGGGAGACGUGUUCGGGAUGUGGGAUCAGAGGUUGGUCAGAUUGGCCCUGCUGCAGCAGCUUCGGGCUGUCUAUGGCAUUAAAGUCAAGGGUGGCCGCGGGCAGUGUGAUCGCAGGAGACACGAAACUGCAGCUACGGAAAUAAGGGGUAAGAUAUUUGGAGUUCCUUUUAAUUCAUUGCCUCAUUCAGUUGUUCCAGAAUAUGGACACAUUCCAAGCUUUCUUGUUGAUGCAUGCACAUCUUUGGAAGAGCAUAUUCAUACAGAAGGGCUUUUUAGGAAGUCAGGAUCUGUUAUCCGUCUAAAGGCACUAAAGAGUAAACUGGACCAUGGUGAAGCCUGCCUGUCUUCUGCACUUCCCUGUGAUGUUGCAGGUCUACUUAAGCAGUUCUUCCGGGAACUGCCAGAGCCUGUGCUCCCGGCUGAUCUGCAUGAAGCUCUGUUCAAAGCACAACAGUUAGGGGCAGAGGAGAAGAAUCAAGCUACAUUGUUGCUGUCCUGUCUGGUGGCCAAUCCUACAGCUGAUAUAUUAAGAUACUUCUUUAACUUUCUCAAGAAUGUUUCUCUUAGGGCGAGUGAGAAUAAAAUGGACAGCAGCAAUCUUGCAGUAAUAUUUGCACCGAAUCUUCUUCAGACAAGUGAAGGCCAUGAGAAGAUGUCUGCUAACACGGAGAAAAAGCUACGAUUGCAGGCAGCAGUAGUACAGACUCUUAUUGAUUGUGCAUCGGAUAUUGGACGUGUGCCAGAUUUUAUUCUGGAAAAGAUACCAGCCAUGUUAGGUAUUGAUGGUCUCUGUACUACUCCAUCCCUGGAAGGCUUUGAAGAAGGAGAAUAUGAAACUCCUGGUGAAUGUAAGAGAAAAAGAAGACAAAGUGUUGGAGAUUUUGUUAAUGGAGCACUAAAUAGACUUAAAUCUAGCAGAACACCUUCUGUUACACCUCAACAAGAUAGAGCUGCCCAGGCCUCUGUAUCACCAUUGAUUCUCACACCAAGUGUUAAGCGAAAACUGCCAGGAGAGUCUUCUCAUGCCUUCUCAAGUAAGAAAAGGAAGUCCAUCAAACACAACUUGAACUUUGAGCUGUUGCCAAGUCAUCUCUUCAGCAGCAAUUCUACACCAGUAUCAGUUCACUUUGAUACGAGCCCAGAUGGGUCGUCGCAGAGUUCACUCUCUCCCAUCGCCAUGAGUGGAAACCACUUGAUCAGUACAGACCUAAGGCGAAGUAAAAGAAUUGCGAGCAAAAAAGUUUACAGGUUAAAAAUGGCCCCAAGGAUGGUCCCUGUCCUGCUGUCUGGCCUUUUGGUUUGGUUGAUGUUCGACUGGAAUCCAGCAUUCGCUUAUAGUCCACGGACUCCUGAUCGGGUCUCUGAAACAGAUAUCCAGAGGCUUCUCCAUGGAGUUAUGGAGCAGCUGGGCAUUGCCAGGCCACGUGUGGAAUACCCCGCUCACCAGGCCAUGAAUCUUGUAGGGCCACAGAGUAUUGAAGGUGGAGCUCAUGAGGGUCUUCAGCAUCUGGGUCCUUUCGGCAACAUCCCUAACAUAGUGGCAGAGUUGACUGGUGACAACAUUCCUAAGGACUUCAGUGAGGACCAAGGCUACCCAGACCCUCCAAAUCCCUGUCCUCUUGGGAAAACUGCGGAUGAUGGGUGCCUAGAAAAUGCCCCUGACACUGCAGAAUUCAGUAGAGAAUUCCAGUUAAACCAGCACCUUUUUGAUCCAGAACAUGACUACCCAGGUUUGGGCAAGUGGAACAAGAAACUCCUCUAUGAGAAGAUGAAGGGGGGGCAGAGGCGGAAGCGGAGGAGUGUCAAUCCGUAUCUACAAGGAAAGAGGCUGGACAAUGUUGUGGCAAAGAAAUCUGUCCCCCACUUUUCAGAAGAGGAGAAGGAGUCAGAAUAAAGAGAAGACAGUAGGGGGACCCCCAUCCAGUGCUUAUGUGCAUGUUACUAGAGCCCCCAUGAGCGGCAGCAUGUGUCUUACAUAGAUAAUUAUGGAUGAAAAGCAGCUGCCCUUACAUUUGCCUCCACACCAGUGACUGUGCUUUCUGCUAAAUUAGAAUAAAAGCUCCUUCUCUUUUGGGGUUUUUUUGAUGUGGAUCUGCAAGAAACAUUACAAUUAAAAUGUAUAUGUCAAGUAUAAUAAAAACACGGAUAUGAAAUACUCAGAUUUCUUGCAGUUUGGGGUUGUGCAGUUUGGGCCAAGUCUGUAAAAGGCUAGCAUUUGAUUUUGAUUAUGUAGUGUAUCUAGCCCUUGGGCCUUGUUACACACCAAUAAAGAAGUUUGUACUCAAGGGGAGGGGCUGACACAUCUCACUUGGCUGCUUCUUAAUAAAUGUAUGUGCAAGCA